AUGAGAGAUAUAAACGAUUUAUAUAAAAAUGAUGAAGAUAUAUUCAGUGUGUCAUCGAUCAAUGGCGGUUUAGCUGAAGACAACAGUCUAUCAAUAGCUCCAGAAGUAUCACCUAGACAUACAGUAGGUCCAGUUGGAGUAAGUCGAUCUUUAGAUCCUAGUGUGGCAGCAGCACAUGCAGAAACAAGUGCACUAGGUCCUCGUCCAGUAACCAGAUUAGGUGGAUUAGGCCGACAACAGCCGACUGCAAAGCACACAUCUAUUGGAAGUCCAGAACUAAGCAACACAUUGGCAACUAGUUUAUGGGGUACUAAUUCAAAAGCAGCUAGUCCGAGCACCAAUGUUAUCUCUGUCGCCAGAUCCGAUGGUGCGUAUGAUGAAUUUGAUUCAGACGACUGA